AUGACCACCAUUAGGCCGUUCACCUGUGAUGACUUGUUCAAGUUUAAUAAUGUUAACAUGGAUCCAUUGACUGAAACAUAUGGAAUCUCAUUUUACUUACAAUAUUAUGUGCACAGUUCUGAAUAUUUCUACAGUGCAGAAUCACCAUCUGGAGACAUUAUGGGCUAUUUGAUGGGAAAAGCGGAAGGAUCCGGUGAGAAUUGGCAUGGACAUGUGACAGCAUUAACGGUGGCACCUGAGUACAGACGAUUGGGGGUGGCCGCCAAACUGAUGAAUAUCAUGGAAGAAGUUUCAGAACAAAAGAAAUGUUAUUUUGUUGAUCUUUUUGUGCGAGUGUCAAACGAAGUAGCCAUUGAUAUGUAUAAAAGGUUGGGAUACGUUGUCUUCAGGGAUGUCCUCAACUAUUACACUGGAGAAACAGAUGAAAAUGCCCAUGAUAUGAGGAAGGCACUAUCAAGAGAUGUGGACAAAAAAUCUAUUAUUCCAUUUCCUAGACCCGUUCUGCCUGAAGAGCUCUAA